UUUUACUUAUAGUUACAGUAACUUUAGUACUCCACUUAGUAAUUCAGUAACUUCAUGUUGAGACUCACCAGUAGGCGAAUUUCUGGUUACAGUUCUGUUUGCUACAGUUCUGUGAAAUUUAAUAUUACUACUGUAAGAUUUAAUUCAUCUACUUCAAAGAAAGAUGAAUUAACAUCACUGAAUCAAAAGGAUAAAGAUGUAAGUAAUUACCAUAUUAAACAAACUACUUCCAAAUCAGCUCCAGCUCCUAUAGAUCCGAUAGAACUGGGACUUGACCAAUUAGUUAAAAAAAAUGUUAAACCAUAUAUACCUAAAUUACAACAUCAAAGAUUAAGUUAUGAAUAUCCUGGUUUACCUAAUGAAGAUGAAUUUACCAAAGUUCAAGGUCCUAAACUUACAACUAGAUGGUCAAGAUAUAUCCCUAAAAUUCUUAGUGGUAUAGUAUUAGUAUGGGCAGGAUAUUCAAUUAAAGUAUGGAUUUAUGCUCCAGAAAAGGGUGCUGAUAGUAAAGAACUUCUAAAUCCUCAAGAGUUUCAUAAAUUUAUUAUAACUCAUAAAGAACAAAUUGAUAAUGAUCAUUAUUUAAUUGAAGUUAUACCAAAAUAUGAUCAUUGGAGAUAUAGUUUUCUUACAAAUUAUGAAGAAAAAUCUGUUUGGAAUGGUGAUAGAAUAUGGUCAGUAGAUAUUAAACAACCAGAAAUUAUGGUUGUAAGAUCUUAUACUCCAUUACCAUUAUACUUUUUAAAAUCAGAGUAUACUCGACUGGGAGAGAAAAAACCUUUACUUAAAGUAAUUAAUCCUGAAAUUGAAGAAUAUGAUCAUGGAGGAGUUAUGACCUUUUAUAUAAAACGAUAUAAUGAUGGAGAAGUAUCUCGGUAUAUUACUAGUAGAAAUAUUGGUGAUGAAUUGGAACUUAGAGGUCCAAAUGUAGAAUAUAAAUUCCCCUAUCAUCCCUUAAAAAAAUUCCAUACAAGACCAAUAUUUCGAGAUUUACCAUCAAAGAUUGAAGCUGAAAGUUUAUUGGAUGGAAUUAAAAAGGUUCAUCAAAUUCCUGAAUUCGAUAAUAUAAAUUUUUAUGGUGCAGGUACAGGUAUAGCACCUAUUCUUCAAGUAUUAAUGUCGAGAAAUCCUUAUCGAGGAUUUAUAAACAUUCAUUAUUCUGCUCAAAAACCUGGUGAACUCCAACCUCUUGCCAGAUUUAUGUUCUUUCUUGAAAAGAUUGAUCGAGUAGCUGUUCAUUAUCAUUAUGAUAAUGAGAAGUCGGGAUUAACAUCGAAGGAUAUUUCUGACCCAGUGCCACCAAAUUAUGUGAGUGCUCAACGUUUAGAAGCACAAGCACAAGCACAAGCACAGCCAGAAGCACAACCAGAAGCAGUAGAUGUACUUCAAUUACGGAUGGAUAUACUUAAGGAUAAUGAUAAGAAACAUAGUUCAGCUACAGAAACAGCAACAAACCCUGUUACUGAAUCUGAAAUCGAGAGAGCUCCUCGAUAUGAAAAUGCCAUUCAACAAGCCUUAGUCACUAGUACACAACCAAAGAAAGAUGCUAGUCUUUCUAUAGUAUGUGGACCUGAUGGAUAUGUUGAGUAUGUUGCUGGAGCUAAAGAUCUAGUCCAUAAUGAACAAGGCCCCAUUGGAGGACUUCUCAGUAAUCAUAAAUGGGAUACCUACAAUGUAUACAAAUUGUAAAUAGAAUUAGAAUUAGAAUUAUUAUAUAUAUAUAUACAUAGACUAUAAGUCUUCACUAAU